CUAUGCUUGCAGGAGCCACAGCAGUUUAUUCACAGUUCAUCACACAGCUAACAGAUGAAAACCAGUCAUGUUGCCCAGUGUGUCAGAGGAUCUUUCAAACAGAGGCAGAACUGCAAGAUGUCAUAAAUGAUCUUCAAGCCAAACUGCGCCUUGCUCCAGACAAACUGAAGGCAACAGAAUCUGAACUUAAGAAAAGAGAGAAGAAACGUGAUGAUAUGAUUUCUCUGAAACCUUUCAGACAAACAGUAUCUGAACUUCAAGAAAAAGAUAUACCUGAGUUAAGAAACAAGCUACAGACUCUUAACAGAGAAAUUCAAAGCCUUAAAAGUGAUAUAGAAGAACAAGAAAUCUUCUUGGGUGUUAACAUAACAGAGGAAGAAAGUGCCAAAGCAUGUCUGCAAGAUAUUAUAAUUAUGGAAAGGGAUCAGACUGAUCUAAAGGAUGUUGAAAGAAAAAUUGCUCAGCAGGCUACUAAGCUCCAGGGAGUGGAUUUAGUUCGAACUCUUUUGCAAGUGAGCCAGGAGAAACAGGAAAAAAAACAUCAGUGGGAUACAGUUACUAGCAAAAUUGAACUGAAGCAGACACUUAAACAAGACCAACAAAAUCAAGUCCAGUAUUUAAGGUGCACAGUGAAUGAACUCAAAGCUGAGAAGCUUCAGGUUUCUAGUUGCAUGCAGCGUCAACAGCAACUUGAAGAACAGACUGUGGAGUUAACAACUGAGGUGCAGUCUUUAAACAGAGAGAUCAAGGAAGCAAAAGAGCAGUUAUCUCCUUUGGAAGCAACUUUGGGAAAACUACAACAAGAAAAAGAAGAGUUGUUGAACAAAAAGAAUACAAGUUACAAAAUAACACAAGAUAAGAUAAAUGACAUUAAAGAAAAAGUUAAAAAUAUCCGUAACUAUAUGAAAGAGAUUGAGAAUUAUAUUCAAGAAGGGAAAGAAGAAUACAAGCAGCAAAAGGAAUCUGAACUGGAGAAAGUCACAAUUCAGCUAGCAGAUUGUGAGGAAAAGAAAGAGAAGAUAAAUAAAGAAAUGGGAACAAUUAGGCAAGAUAUUGAUACUCAAAAGGUUCAGGAACGAUGGUUAGAAGAUAACCUUACUUUAAGAAAAAGACAUGAAGAUCUAAAAGAAGUUGAAGAUAACAUAAAGCAGCAUUUGAAGGAGAUGGAGGAAAUGCAAGUACCACAACUGAAAAGAGACCAAAAACAUUUAGAAGAAAAAAUAGAGGAUUUGAAAAGAAACCACAGCUUGGCACUUGGUCGGCAGCAUGGAUUUGAGGAAGAGAUCCUGAGAUGUAAGAGAGAACUGAAAGAACAACAGUUUAAAGAUGCUGAAGAGAAGUAUAGAGAGAUGAUGAUAGUUAUGAGAACAACAGAACUGGCAAACAAGGAUCUUGACAUUUACUACAAAGCACUGGAUCAAGCAAUAAUGACAUUUCAUAGCAUGAAAAUGGAAGAAAUUAACAAGAUAAUUCGUGACCUGUGGAGAAGCACGUACAGGGGACAAGAUAUUGAAUAUAUAGAAAUUCGGUCUGAUGCUGAUGAGAAUAUCUCUGCUUCUGACAAAAGGAGGAGUUACAAUUAUAGAGUAGUAAUGAUGAAAGGAGAUACUGCUCUAGAUAUGAGAGGCAGAUGCAGUGCUGGCCAAAAGGUUCUUGCCUCCCUCAUUAUUCGUCUUGCACUAGCUGAAUCCUUUUGUCUCAAUUGUGGUAUUCUUGCAUUGGAUGAGCCUACCACCAAUCUUGACCGAGAAAAUAUUGAAUCUCUUGCACAUGCCUUGGUGGAGAUAAUCAAAAGUAGAUCUCACCAGCGUAACUUUCAAUUGCUUGUGAUAACACACGAUGAAGAUUUUGUGGAACUGUUGAGUCGAUCUGAAUAUGUGGAGAAAUUCUAUAGAAUUAAGAAGAACCUUGACCAGUGUUCUGAGAUUGUGAAAUGCAGUGUCACAACUUUGGGAUCAUAUGUUCAUUAGAGCUUCUAAAUGACUGUAUAUUUUUCUGAAGAUUUUUCUGAAUAAAGACCCUUCUUUGGAUAAAAAAAUAA